AUGGAUAAGUCCACCAUUUUAAUAUUUGUCAUCCUAACUGGAGUCACGACUGAGAGUUCCCACGUGGAAUUCCUCAGCAAACUCAUUGAAGACAUAAAAGGAGAUUUUCCAAUCAGUACAAUGCUGAUACUAAAUCAUCAGCAGUCUAAAGACUGUGUCAUUCAAGACUGGAACAGCAGAGAAAUUCCAACACUACGUUUUAAUCACCUGGCUAAAGUCCAGAUCAGAGGGCACUUCAGUUCGCUAGGACUUUGCUUUGUUUGCAUCGACAGGGAUUCCGACAUCAGUCUUCUCGAGAAUGUGGCUGAAAGCUUUGAAGGAAUGCGACAGGAGCGAAUAAUAUUAUGGGUCCAUCAGAAAGAUACGCAGGAAUUUCUUAACGAGAUCUUGACUAUAGUUGAUGCGAAGCAGUUCUUUAAAAUGAUUGUUAUAGAUGUGCAUUAUGGAAAGAAGGAGACUCCAAUUGUUCAGCGCUUAGAAGCAUUUCCAACCCCUCAUUUUGUUCGACUCGAAAAUGUCACAUCAGUUUUUCGUAUAUUUAAAGUUAACUUUAAGGGCAGAAGGGCCAACGUGCUGCCUGAUUCGGAAACCUCUAUCAAAGUUUACGCUUGGGCUAACGAUACUCUAUCAAUACACCUAAGUCGAAUCCAAGACAGCGAGAUCAUUGUGUUUGCCAAGAAGUACAAUUUGAGUCUCGUUGUCAUGGGAUCCUCAAAACAGCAUCCCGUUGACCCUAAGGCAAUUCCGGACAUUUACUUACGUUCGGAGCUUACGCACAAUGGUACAGAUGUGAGAAAUUUGAAUCCAUAUGACAUAACCUCAUUGAUUGUAGUUGUACCAUGCAGCAGGAAGAAGACCGUAGGAGAUGUCCUCAGGCAACUGAAGGUCCAACGUUUGGUUCUAUACCUUCUACCCGUUUAUGUCACCUUCGUGGUUGUGGAAACCAUUAUAAUGAUGGUGACCCAUCGGUUUCAUGGCCAUGCGUUCCGUUUGACCUCCUUAAAUCCACUUCUGAAUCUUCGUGCCUUUAGGGCCAUUUUGGGACUGUCAUUUCCUAUUAGCCGACGAUCCAGCCUUUCACUUAGACAACUCUUUUUGGCCAUUAGCUUUUUUGGACUGGUCUUUAGCAGCUUUUUUAGCUGCAAGUUAAGCGCUCUACUAACAACGCAUAGCCACCAUCCGCAAGUAGAGAAUUUCGAUGAAUUGCGUAGCAGUAAUUUGUCUGUAGUUAUGAGACAUGCCAUUCGCACCUAUAUUGAAAAAAAAUUCGGCGACAACUUCUUUAAGCAAGAAAUACCUAGAGCCAUAUUCAUGAACAGUGAUGAAUCGUUCUAUUUAAUGCUCUCGUUAAAUGACACCUAUGCUUAUAUUAUGCUGAGAGAAAAAUGGAAUGUUCUGGAUAAUUAUCAAAAAUCAAUUAAACGACGGGUUCUCUGUGAUUCAAAAGAUUUGACUGUCAUGUCGGGCAUACCCAGAAUGUUUAUCCUGGGAAACAACUCAAUAUACGACUGGCCACUUUCAAGAUUUUUAAGGAAGGUUCGGGAAAAUGGCAUUGUAAAACAUUGGAUAAAUAAAUCGACCUACUUUGUGAGGAAAACGCUCAAUAUAACACAUCAUCCAAGUCCCAGGCAAAUAAAAGGUCCCAUAGGCUUUGAGGAUCUCAUGUGGUUGUGGUUUGUUUUGGGAAUUGGCUAUGGUAUAGCCACUUUUGCUUUUAUCGUGGAGCUAUUUUUAAGAAGCCAAUAUCGCUGA